AUGUCGCAAGGAAACGCCGCAGGCGAGCCGAGUGGUCCGGGAGGGCCCCGACCCCUCCUCUCUGGGGCCCGGGGGCUUAUCGGGCGGAGGCCGGCCCCUCCACUUACCCCAGGUCGUCUUCCCUCCAUCCGCUCCAGGGACCUCACCCUCGGAGGAGUUAAGAAGAAAACCUUCACCCCAAAUAUCAUCAGUCGGAAAAUCAAGGAAGAGCCCAAGGAAGAAGUAACCAUCAAGAAGGAGAAGCGUGACAGGGAUAGAGACCGGCAGCGAGAGGGGCAUGGACGGGGGCGGGGCCGCCCAGAAGUGAUCCAGUCCCACUCCAUCUUUGAGCAGGGCCCAGCUGAAAUGAUGAAGAAAAAGGGGAACUGGGAUAAGACAGUGGAUGUGUCAGACAUGGGGCCCUCUCAUAUCAUCAACAUCAAAAAAGAGAAGAGGGAGACAGAUGAAGAAACGAAACAGAUCCUGCGCAUGCUGGAGAAGGAUGAUUUCAUCGAUGACCCUGGGCUGAGGAAUGACACUCGAAACAUGCCUGUUCAGCUGCCGCUGGCUCACUCCGGAUGGCUUUUCAAGGAAGAGAAUGAAGAACCAGAUGUUAAGCCUUGGCUGGGUGGCCCCAAGGAAGAGGACAUGGAGGUGGAUGUACCUGCUGUGAGAGUGAAAGAGGAGCCCCGGGAUGAGGAGGAGGAGGCCAAGAUGAAGGUUCCUCCCAGAACAGCCAGAAAGACCCCAAGCCUUCCAAAGGACGUAUCUGUGGCAGAGCUGCUCAGGGAGCUGAGCCUCACCCAGGAUGAAGAGUUGCUGUUUCUUCAGCUGCCAGACACACUCCCUGGUCAGCCGCCUACCCAGGACAUCAAGCCUAUCAAGACCGAAGUGCAGAGCGAGGAUGGACAGAUGGUGGUUAUAAAGCAGGAGAAAGACCGGGAAGCCAGGCUGGCAGAGAAUGCUUGUACCCUGGCUGACCUGACAGAGGGUCAGGUUGGCAAGCUGCUCAUCCGCAAGUCAGGGAAGGUGCAGCUCCUCCUGGGCAAGGUGACUCUAGAUGUAACGAUGGGAACCACCUGCUCCUUUCUGCAGGAGCUGGUGUCCGUGGGCCUUGGAGACAGUAGGACGGGUGAGAUGACAGUCCUGGGACACAUAAAGCACAAACUUGUAUGUUCCCCCGAUUUUGAGUCCCUCUUGGAUCACAAACACCGGUAA